AUGAGCGUGCAGUCUUCAUCCUACGGCCGGAACCUUGGCCCCGUGCGGCGCUCCUCUAUCGGCUCUCGUCUCUCCUUUGCCGUGUCGACAGUUGAACAAGGCGUUGCCAGCAUCCCGCCACCCGGACAGGCGCAGAUCGAGGAGGAGAUUGCGGAAAUCAAGAGAUAUGAGGACUUUACAACAAUAGACUGGGUCCAAGAUGCCUCCCGCGAACAGGCACGGCGAAAAACGAGACAGAAGCGAGCAGCGGGCUUGUACGACCGUGGACAGCAGGGCUGGCGAUAUCGCCUCUGGGCCUCAUAUGACGCUGCGCAGGGCUGGAUCGUCGUCACUAUUAUUGGCGCAGCCAUUGGCUUGAAUGCAGCGUUUUUAAACAUUGUGACCGAGUGGCUGUCUGAUAUCAAGUUGGGGUACUGCACAACGGCGUUUUAUCUGAAUGAGAAGUUCUGCUGCUGGGGGGAAGAUAAUGCCGCUAUUCUCGUCAAAUCCUUCGCGCCAUAUGCCGCCGGGUCUGGAAUUUCCGAAAUUAAAUGUAUCAUUGCGGGCUUCGUCAUGAAGGGGUUCCUCGGCCUUUGGACUCUGAUCAUCAAAUCUGUAGCUCUUCCGCUGACCAUUGCGUCUGGUCUGUCUGUCGGCAAAGAAGGGCCCAGCGUCCACUAUGCCGUCUGUACCGGCAACGUCAUUUCGCGAUGCUUCGCUAAAUACCGGCGCAAUGCGUCCAAGACACGAGAGAUUUUGAGUGCCUGUGCCGCAGCCGGAGUCGCAGUCGCAUUUGGUAGCCCCAUCGGAGGCGUUUUGUUCUCCCUGGAGGAAAUGUCGAACCACUUCCCGCUCAAAACCAUGUGGCGAAGCUAUUUCUGUGCGCUGGUGGCCACGGCUGUCCUCUCAGCCAUGAAUCCCUUCCGUACAGGACAGCUCGUCAUGUUCCAGGUCAAGUAUGACCGGGACUGGCACUUUUUUGAAAUCAUCUUCUACAUCAUUAUAGGCAUCUUUGGUGGCCUCUAUGGCGCGUUUGUCAUCAAAUGGAAUCUGCGAGCUCAGGCCUUCCGCAAAAAGUACCUCGCCAAGUAUGCGGUCCUCGAAGCUACCUUGUUGGCUGCUGGAACAGCCAUUAUUUGCUAUCCCAAUGCCUUCUUGCAAAUCGACAUGACGGAGAGCAUGGAGAUCUUGUUCCUCGAGUGUGAAGGCGCCGAGGAUUAUCACGGACUUUGCGAGCCGGAUAAGCGGUUCUGGAAUAUUGCUUCCUUGACCAUUGCUACUGUUUUGCGCAUAUUCCUCGUUAUCAUUUCGUAUGGCUGCAAGGUGCCUGCGGGCAUUUUCGUGCCAUCAAUGGCCAUUGGAGCGUCGUUUGGACGUACUGUCGGCAUUAUCGUACAGGCUAUCCACGAAGCAAACCCCAAGAGCAUAUUCUUCGCCGCCUGCAAACCUGACGAGCCCUGCAUCACACCCGGAACAUAUGCGUUUCUGGGAGCUGGUGCCGCGCUUAGCGGCAUCAUGCACAUCACAGUUUCGGUCGUUGUCAUCAUGUUUGAGCUGACGGGCGCGCUGACGUAUAUUUUACCAACCAUGAUUGUGGUCGGCGUCACCAAAGCCGUUAGCGACAUGUUCGGCAAGGGCGGCAUCGCCGACCGAAUGAUAUGGUUCAACGGGUUCCCCUAUCUAGACCACAAGGAGGAACACAACUUUGGCGUCCCCGUGUCACAGGUCAUGAGGACAUCAGUGGUGUCCGUGCCCGUCAAUGGGAUGACUCUGGCCGAGCUGGAAGCCCUUCUCUCCGAGGACGAAUAUCAAGGCUUUCCCAUCGUGGAGGAUAAGUCGUCCAAGAUCCUAGUAGGGUAUAUUGGACGAACUGAGCUCCGCUACGCAGUCGACCGCAUCCGCCGCGAAAGGCCAAUCGACCCCAACGCCAAGUGUAUUUUUGCGCCACCGCCCGCUUUGAAUGCCGUCACGCCCGUCACGCCCAGCGUCACAAUAAGCACAGAUUCCACGUCUUCCACGUGCCUCGAUUUCAGUCGCUAUAUCGACGCCACACCUGUCACUGCCCACCCCAGGCUUCCCCUCGAGACCGUCAUGGAACUCUUCCGCAAGAUUGGCCCGCGUGUUAUUCUCAUCGAAUACCAUGGUAAGCUGACGGGCCUGGUCACGGUGAAGGACUGUCUCAGGUAUCAGUUCAAAGUGGAGGCUGCCGAGAACCCCAAAGACGACCAUCGCAUCAACGAAGGCCAGGAGCAGCUGUGGGAUGUGCUCCGAAAAGCGGGCUAUUGGGUAUCAGGUCACAUAUCGACCAUGUCGAGGGGCAGGAUACGCCUGAGCAGUGAUGAGGAUCGGACUCGAGCCCGCGGCACCAUUCUAAAUGGGGACGAAGAUGUAGGCGAUGAAGGCGUCGAGUUGGAAAGUCGAAGAUGA